GAAAUUUCAUUCUUGUCUAGUACUUCGUUAAUAGUACCGCACAAUGAACAACAUUAAUUAUUCAAUAGUACUUUUAUCUACAUUAGUAAUAUUCGCACGUUGUGACCAAUCAGCUGUGGACGUUAUCCAGGAUAUCUACAGUUCUUGCCUUAAGGAUUUUAGUGUUUCAUGUGUGCAACCUAAAUCUCUUCAAUGGUUAGACAAUGUUUCUGGUAGCAGCUUUAUUAAGAUCACUGAUGAUUUGGCGAUUCAGAGGAAGUACGAUGCUGAAACUGAGACAACGAAAGGUCUACAAAAAGAUGUUUUAGAUCAGUUUGAAGACUUCUUGCAAUCUCACAAUAUCGUUGCUAGGGCGCCUGCAAUUCUAAAGCCCAAUGGUCCAUUAGGACAAUAUAUUCCAAGAAGUUUUCAGCCAGCAGAUUUAACUGUACCUCUUGCAGCAACAGGGCGUUCAUCAAAAUUGGUCAAAAGGAUAAUCUUCCCAUUCCUACUAGGACUUAAAUUUAAAACCGCAGUUUUGGUUCCAUUUGCUCUAGCUCUUAUUGCAUUAAAAACCUGGAAAGCACUGACAUUAGGAUUACUGUCAUUGGUACUAUCGGGAGCUAUUGCCAUAUUCUCAAAACUUAUGGGACCAAAGACACAAGCCUACGAAGUAGUACAUGUUCCGCAACACCUAGAUCACCAUGUCGGUUACCAUCAUCAUGUUGAUGUUCUUCCUGCACCAGCCGUGCCAGUUGCUCAACCAGUCUACCUGGCUAGAAGUUUAAAUGCUCAAGAUUUAGCAUACAGUGCACACCGACAAUAAUUUUCCAAACCAUUUGUCUAAUUUAUUUAUUUAUUUGUUAUUUAUUGCAACUGAAUAAAAACAUUUAAAAUAUUG